AUGCAUUUUCCAACUCUUUUUGAGUUUGCUGUAGAAGCUGUCACUGAAGGAUUUAAUCGUGGAACAAUUUCAAUACCAUUUUGUUUGGAUCCAAGGCCUAGUGAUGCGAUAUACAAAGAGCUCCUUCGUCUUAAUUCAGAGGAUAUUAAGAUUUUGAGAAACUUCAAAGAUAUACUGAAAAUCACAGAAAUUGAAGUUGAUUGCUUAGAAACAUAUGACGUUCUUAAUCUAUCAUCAUUCAGUUUAAAAUCUCUUACUUUGAAGAAUAUUGCAAAUCUUCGACUUAAGUUUCCAGAUCGAGAACAUAAGGACACCAUAAAUGUCGAGCAACUUCUGAAGACAGUAUUGAAUAGGAACUCGAGGAAUGGACUUAUUCAUCUGGGUUUAAGGGGGUCAGAGAGGUUAGCAGAGAACUGGGUGAAUGAGGUUAGUUAA